AUGGUCCAGAGCGACAUGUCCAAAUCGCCUCCCAGCCCGGCGCAGGAGGUGCAGAUGGAGCUGCUGGACAACCCCCUGCCCGCGGCGGCGGCGGCGGCGGCGGCAGCGCAGUCUUACGGUAAAGGGGCAAGAAGAAAAAACCGAUUUAAAGGAUCAGAUGGGAGUACAUCUUCUGACACUACCUCUAACAGUUUUGUACGCCAGGGUUCGGCGGACUCCUACACCAGCCGUCCAUCCGAUUCAGAUGUAUCUCUGGAAGAAGACAGGGAAGCAGUGCGGAGAGAGGCAGAGCGACAGGCCCAGGCACAGCUGGAAAAAGCAAAGACAAAACCUGUUGCAUUUGCAGUUCGGACAAAUGUUGGGUACAGUGCAGCUCACGAUGAUGAUGUUCCAGUCCCAGGCAUGGCCAUCUCAUUUGAGGCUAAAGAUUUUCUUCAUGUUAAAGAAAAAUUUAAUAAUGACUGGUGGAUAGGACGGUUGGUAAAAGAAGGCUGUGAAAUAGGAUUCAUACCAAGCCCAGUCAAACUAGAAAACAUGAGGCUGCAGCAUGAACAAAAGGCAAAACAAGGAAAAUUCUACUCCAGUAAAUCAGGAGGAAACUCUUCAUCCAGUUUGGGUGACAUCGUUCCUAGUUCCAGAAAAUCGACGCCUCCAUCAUCUGCUAUAGACAUAGAUGCCACUGGCUUAGAUGCAGAAGAAAAUGAUAUUCCAGCAAACCAUCGCUCCCCCAAACCCAGUGCAAACAGUGUAACAUCACCCCACUCCAAAGAGAAAAGAAUGCCCUUCUUUAAGAAGACAGAGCACAUCCCUCCCUAUGAUGUAGUGCCUUCUAUGCGACCAGUAGUUUUAGUGGGGCCUUCUCUGAAGGGAUAUGAGGUAACAGAUAUGAUGCAAAAAGCAUUAUUUGAUUUUUUAAAACAUAGAUUCGAAGGGCGUAUAUCAAUUACACGAGUCACAGCAGACAUCUCGCUCGCCAAACGCUCAGUAUUAAACAAUCCCAGUAAGCAUGCGAUAAUAGAGCGAUCUAACACAAGAUCAAGCUUAGCUGAAGUUCAAAGUGAAAUUGAGCGGAUUUUUGAAUUAGCAAGGACACUGCAGUUGGUAGUGCUUGAUGCUGAUACCAUUAACCACCCAGCUCAACUAAGCAAAACCUCUCUGGCUCCCAUUAUAGUAUACGUAAAGAUUUCUUCUCCUAAGGUUUUACAGAGGUUAAUAAAAUCUCGAGGGAAAUCUCAGGCCAAACACCUUAAUGUUCAGAUGGUGGCAGCUGAUAAACUGGCACAGUGUCCUCCCGAAAUGUUCGAUGUAAUUCUCGAUGAGAACCAGCUUGAAGAUGCUUGUGAGCACCUUGCUGACUAUCUGGAAGCCUACUGGAAGGCCACACAUCCACCUAGCAGCAAUCCUCCUAACCAGCUUCUCACUCGCACACUUGCAACAGCCACUCUUCCUAUUAGCCCAGGUCCAAAUAUCAAUUUACAGGAAUCUCAAGGAGACCAGAGGAAUGACCAUUCAGUCCCUGAACGCAGCGCUUCACAAAUUGAAGAGGAAGCACGGGUUGAACCCAUCAAGAAAUCCCAGCAUCGCUCUUCCUCAAGCCAACACCACAACCAUCGCAGUGGUGUUAGAGGCCUUUCUAGGCAAGAAACUUUUGACUCAGAAACACAAGACAGCAGAGAUUCGGCUUACGUAGAGCCAAAGGAGGACUACUCACAUGAGCACGGUGACCACUAUGAUUCUCACAGGGAUCACAAUCAUAGAGACGAGUCCCACGGGAGCAGUGAUCACAGACACAGAGAAUCAAGGCAUCGCUCAAAGGAGAGGGACCGCGAGCAGGACCACAAUGAAUGCAACAAACAGCGCAGUCGUCAUAAAUCAAGGGACCAAUAUUGUGACAAGGAUGGGGAAGUGGUAUCGAAAAAACGUAACGACGCAGGAGAAUGGAACAGGGAUGUUUACAUCCGUCAGUAACUUUUGCCUCUGGCAGUCUUGUGUUUCUUUGAAGUCUUGUAACAAUGCCCCUUGAAAAUAUCUUUGGGUUCUUCAUUGCAGAACAUAUGGUAUCCUUCUGUAUGCUGAUUUGUAUUGCUGUUGCUUGCAUAGCAAUAGCAUGAAAUAGAAUAUUCAUAUACUUAAUUUUUUGGUUAGUGCUAUAUGAAUUAGCGUAGUACAACUGCAGAGUUCCUGAUGUUGUACUAUGCCAUUUUUCAAGCUGUUUUUUGGUAGCUGCCACUUGAACAAUAUCUGUUGCCAUCAAGGUGUUGUUAGUGUUUUUUAAAAAAAGGUACAUUUGAUGUUUAAUAACUUCCCGUGUAUUCAGCAAGCCAGAAUCAGCACAUAAAAAAAUCUAAAACUUUUUGUCUGCUCUGAUUUUUAAUUUGUAUGCACUUGAUUUGCAUAUUGAUUUAAGAGCCACUAUCUGUUGCUUGUACCUCUGGUGGACUCCAUUUGAAGACAGAAUUCAGUCUUGCCUUACACACAGGGGAUCAUAAAGUCCAAAUCUAUUUUCUAUGUACUGGUACUGUGUACUGUAUAUACAGUUUAUAAAUGUUAUUUCUGCAGACACCUUCUUACUAUAUAAGUUUGAUCACACUGUUUUAGAGUCCUAAUGCCAAGUCAGCAGAUUUGCUUUUGAAUUACUGGCAACUGGAACUAGCCUCAUUUAGGAAAUCUGUAACAGUGUUCAAUCUAAAUACUUUUUCUUCUGUAGCAGAAAGCUUAUACUUAUUGUAAAUAUGAAUGAGUGCUUGAGAUAAAGGGUCUAACUCUUAUACCUUAUGCUGUCCUUGCAAACCCAAUUUUGCAUUUUAAAUUUAUGGUGAAGGUAACGAACUUACCACUAUAAAUUAUUCUUCUCUGUACAGGUCACAAAAUUGCAAUGGACACAGCUUAAUUUUUGUUCUGUUGUCAGAAUAAUGGAGCACACAUGACAGAGGUGUGUAUGUGAGCGGGUGGGUGGUGGACGGGCGUACGUGUGUGCAUGUGCACGUUAGGCAGCAAAGCGUGAGAAUCUACUGAAGAAAACAAAGGUUACUCAAAAGCCCAACAAGUCUGUUUCUUCAUUCUGUCUAUUAAUUUAAAAAUCCAAAUUGCAGUGGGGGAAUAUGAGGGAGUUUACUGGCCCAGCUAAUUGAGAAAGCAUAAAUCUGCUGGCUCUUUGUUGAGACUUCAGGAGAGUAAAAACAGGCAAAUGUUACUGUGAGUGUUUCACUGGAAAUGUAAAAUCUUUGUGUUUUAGAGUAUUUGUUUUAGUAAGAAAAGUUUACACAGCUUGUGGAGAGUUAUUUUGUUGGAAAAUAAAUUUUUGUAGCUUCUCCA